AUGAACGCAUCUAUUACAUAUCCAUCACUUGACAAUGCUCAAAUUGCCAAUAUAGCAGCAUGUAGUGUUGUGUAUGGACUGGCCAUUCUGUGUACCAUAAUAUCAAUAUAUAACAAGGCUCGCAGAAAGGUACUAUAUGUUAUCGAUGACGGGCUUAUGAUUCUUGCAGUGGUUUCGCUGACUGGUGAACUUGCGGGAUACCUUUACAGUAUCAAGCUCGGGGUUGGAAAACAUAUGGGAACUCUUAGUGUAGCUUCCAUCGUCACUAUCUACAAAGUCUUCUAUAUCUUGGAACUUCUUUACAUGUUUACUGUGGUUGCCGCGAAGAUUUCCCUUUCGAUGAUGAUCUACCGUACAUUUCACGUGCAUCGUUCGACCAGGAUAAUUUCCAUUAUUUUGAUCGUUUCGACGAUGUGCUAUUUAGUUGUUGCUUUCGGGGUUACCAUCUUUCAAUGCAUUCCUGUUGAAAAAGCGUGGAGUAACCCUUCGUCUGAUACACCAGGAUCCUGUAUGAAUCUUAAAGCUAUUUAUCUUGGUGUUGCCAUACCGAAUAUUGGAACGGACUUCAUUUUAACUCUUUUGCCAACUUACUGCAUCAUGAAACUUUCAAUAACAACUGGAGCAAAACUGAGAAUCUGUCUGAUGUUUUCGGUGGGAAGCAUUGUCACUAUCAGUUCAAUGCUGCGUCUCUGGGCACUCCUAGACUUAUAUUAUAACCCCCAAGAUUUCACAUACAUUGGACCUCGCCCACAAUUGUGGAGUUUCAUUGAGACAGGAAUGGGUAUUGCGAUAUCGACUGGAUCUCCACUCAUAAUGCAGCUUGGGGGGAGAUUAAAAAACUUCCAGAAAUCAUCACUGGGCCGACGCAUGAAUUUUACUAGCAAUAGAACGGCACACGCGGAGACAAAUUUAGGACGGCCAGAUUCAAUGAGUUUACCAGUGGCGGCAAAGUCUCGCGAAUUAGACCAAUACAACACUGAAAACUCAGACCAAUAAGUAUGGUCGAUGAAACUAUAUAUUUCCGGAAGUCUAACGUCUCGGAGUGCAAUAGAAGUAUGGGUAUGGUAGGAAAUACGGCUGAAACACACUGAAACAGUGGCACUGGAGCCGAAGACAUGAUAUGGUGAACGCAUUACAGGAACAAAGAAUCGUAACGAGACGGAGGCUAUGAAAGUGAUAGGCGAACUAGUCAAUUCUUCUUUACAAAGGAAACAAUAUUGUGGGAAAAGGCUGAUCAAGUAGUCACACAUACAGAGGCUGCAUUAUGCAUCUCUUUCUUUUUGUCUUUUUUGAUAGGCGGUAUAGGUCUAAAGUUGGCUGCGGAUAUUCUAUAUUCAAUUACUGUGCUUUUCGUCUACUCUACUUCAAAGAUGCCACAAAUUCGGCAAUGGAAUAAAUGAAGUCAACAUCAGCACACACAUAACACAUCAAUACUAAUGAGUGAACAGCUAG